AUGGUGAAGAUUUGGUGGGACUCCAGUAUUUUUAGGGGAAAACCUGACUUUAUCCUGGCAAGUAAAUUAAAAUACAUGAAGGGUAAACUCAAAGAGUGGAGAAGAACAAGACAGGGAAAUUUGGGACUACAGAAACAGAGCAUUCUUAAUCAACUGGCUGACCUAGGGAGGAUACAAGACCAAAGACAACUCACAGAUGAUGAAUCCUAUUUAAGAGCAGUUCUCACCGUUGAAUUUGAAGAUAAUGCAAAGAGAGAGGAAGUAGCUUGGAGACAAAGAUCCAGAGUUUUGUGGUUAAAAGAGGGGGAUAGGAACACUAAGUUCUUUCAUAGAACUGCAAACAGCCACAGGAGAUACAACAACAUUGAUAAGAUUUCUGUUAAUGGAGUGUGCACGCAAGAACCAGCAAUAAUCAAAGAAGAAAUCUUAAACUUUUAUCAGAAUCUUUACACUAAGACAGAGAGGUGGAGACCUCAGUUCAUUGCUAGAAAUGGCAAGAUGAUUAGUGAAGGUGGCAAUAUCAUGCUGCAGAGUCAGUUUACGGAGGAUGAAAUAAAGGACUGUGUUAUGGCAUGUGCUGGGGACAAAGCUCCAGGCCCUGAUGGGUACACUAUGGCUUUCUUCAUUACAUGUUGGGAGGUAGUUAGAAAAGAGGUAGUUGCAACUGUCCAAAACUUCCAUGAUCAUGGUAUUUUUGAGAGAAGUUUUAAUGCUACCUUCAUAGCAUUGAUUACAAAAAAGAUAGGGGGUUAA